AUGUGUUUUGGUAACUCUGGAAGAAGCUCUAUCAAAAUAAAUGGGAAUUGAUUAAAAACAACAAAUAGCUUCAAAUAUUUAGGGUUCAUCAUGGAAAAAAGAGUCAAAAACGCUAACUCCCCCCCCCCCCCCUCCGUGAGCGAACACAAAAAAUUUUGUUCGCUUACGGAGGGGGGUUAAUUUUUUUUUUUAAAAAAAAAUUUAUAUAUAAAUUUUAUAAAAAAUAUUUUUUUCGAAAUUUAAAAAAAUCCUAAUUUGCAAAAAUUGGGAAGCAAAUAUUAAUUUAAUUUGCAAAAUUUAUGUUUUAAAACGCAAUUUGUUUAAAAUUAAACAGAAUUAGCUCUAGAUUUCAUUAUACUAAUUAUCACUUAUAUAUCAAAAUUUUUUUCCAUUAAAAUUUUUUCUAUUAAAAAAAAUUUUUGUUCACUCACGGAGGGUGGGUUUUUGGUCAAAAAAAUGGCGAUUUUUCUAAUGGUUUUGUUCGCUCACGGAGGGGGGGGGGAGUAAGCAUGUGAGAAAUAGGCUCAAAUCGAUGAAAGUAGCAUGCGGAGCAUUUAUUGGUGUAUUAAAGGCACUGGAAGGAGUAACGAUAGACACUAAAAGAAAUGGUGCAAGCUCGUGUGAACUCCAUAGCGCUUUAUGCAACAGAAGCAGCGUCACGUGAAGAAAUAACUGCGAAGAUUUUGGCUGAGAUGGAGAAGACGCAACGGAGGGGAUUAAGACUAAUUUUGAAUUCAGCACAAUCUACAGUUAA